CUUCGGUCAAUAAGAGAAAAAUAUUGUGCAACGCAUUUACUUGAAUGCAUCGCGAAGAUGAAUCCUCUCGACAUAUCAUACAAGCUUUUAGAACAAGGGCAAUUCCUGAAAGCUACAUUUUCAAUUAACUCUAAAAGAAGAGGUGCUCCAUACACAACAGAAUUUAAUAUAGAUGAUAUGGUUCAAGUACGUUUUAAAAUCGAACAAGAUACAUCAAAAGGUAGAGAUGACCCAUGCUAUGGGUAUACGGAUGGCGACUUAGCAGUAUUGGUCUAUAUGUCAUAUAAAAAAUGUGACAUAGUGAAAGAUUUCGCUGUUAAAUUAAACAUGAAAGUAAAUGAUUUUAACUACUCGGAGCAAUUAAUGUGUCCCGAGACUUGGACUGAAUGGAUAGAAGUAGGUAAACUCCCUAAAUCGAAGAGUAACUCAAAUGUUCUUCUAGAAGUGAGUAUGGCUGUGAGUAAAGCGGAAGUCAUUACAUUUGUCAAGCUGUAUAAUGAUACAAUCACUACUGAUAUCAAAGUUAGUACAAAAGGCAGCAAAAAUCCUGUCCAGUUCCAUAGGAGCUGCUUGCUAACUCACAGUGACUUCUUCAAGACUCUGUUCCAAACUGGAGAUUUCAUUGACAAGAAAGAUUUUGAGAUCGGUGAAAAAGAUGUCACGGACCAGACGAUACAGCAUUUAAAGGAUUACGUAUACCUAGGCGUUCUGCCUGAUGAUGGUUUGUGCGCAUUACUUAUGCUUGCCAGAUGCUAUUUAUUUGAGAACCUCAAGUCAGAGUGUAUUACGAAGAUAGUUCAAACGGUGACCCCGGAAGACUUGCACCGUUUUAUGGGCUUUGCAUGUGAGAACAACAUGCCGGAAUUGGGAGUAGCUUUGCUGCAGAGUCCGCACGAAGUUGUUCAUCAAGCUCAUGUGAUGAGUAAAAUGGACCGGAAACGGGUACAUAGUGAAGAAUUGGAAGAGCCAAAAAAGAGGAAGAAAGUUAAAAAAUAG